AUGUGCUCUUUCUGGGCGUCCAUUGCGCUGCUGGGCCUAGCCCUGCAGCCAGGCAUGGCACUUUGCCCUUAUGCGACGCAGAUGGACGCAGGCGCUAAGCACACCAAGCCGCACCCCCCGCAUCCUCAUGCACCCCGCGAUCAACUGGCGACGAAUGGCAAGCAGGGUGUCUUCUAUAUGAACCGCAUCGCCCCCGGCACGUCGGAGCUGUACAUCGCCAACAUCGAUGGGUCUCAUGAGCGUCCGCUCCUGUCAAAUCCUGUCUACGAGUACCAUGCAGCCUUUUCCUCUGAUGGGGAAUGGAUUACCUUUACCAGCGAACGAAACGGCGACGGCAACUCGGAUAUCUACCGUGUUCGGACCAAUGGGUCUGAUCUCGAGGAAUUGGUCUCCACGCCUGCGGUAGAAGAUUCAGCGGUCAUGUCUCCCAAUGGGAAAUAUGUCGCCUAUGUGUCUACUGCCAACGGAUAUAAGGCGAAUAUCUGGAUCAUGGAACUCGAGAGUGGCAAGAAGUGGAACUUGACCGAUACGGCGACGACUGCUGCCAAUGCAUCCUUGCCCAACGGCUACUUCCGCCCUUCUUGGUCGCCCGAUGGCGAAUGGCUUGCUUUCUCAUCGGAUCGCAACUCAGGAUGGUAUGGGCACGGUGAUCCGACUUUCCUGGGUCUGAGUGGCUGGGAACAUACUCAGGAACUAUCCAUUUACGCCAUCCGGCCCAAUGGCUCGGAUUUCCACCAGAUUGCGACCAAGAGUGGUUGGUCUCUGGGCUCACCAAAGUGGUCGGCAGAUGGCAAGAGAAUCGUUUUUUACGAAAUGACCCGUGAAGAUACCUGGAAUUCGCAUCGUCCCGAGUCCAUCGACACGGCCAACUCCACAUUGGUGUCCGUGGACUUUGCAACUCGCAGGGACCGCCGAGUGGAGGCACAGGGAGCUGGUGUCAAGAUCUUCCCCCAGUAUCUGCCGGACAACAGCAUCGCGUACUUCUACAAGGGCGGUACCCAAGAGGGAUUGCACACCACCAACGGCGAAUAUGUGAACACUUCCAGUGCAACCAUUCGCUCCCCUGCGUGGUCGCCGGAUGGCAAGCGCGUCGUCUAUGAAAAGACCACCUGGACUAUUCGCCCCAUGGCCAAGAAGCUGUGGAGCUGGGACUCCGACUGGGAGUACCGCUUCACCGACGUGUUCCCUCAGCUGUCCAACCAAAACGUACUUGCCAUCACCCAGAAGCAGCUUGGAAACUCGUCGAUCAUUUCCAUGAAUGCCAGCGGUGCCGAUGAGCACAUGGUAUACGACGAUCUGAAGAGCGACUUCCUCAGCUCCACAAUGGUUUCCCAAGGAUUGGCUGGAGCUUUCCAGCCCGCGUGGUCCACCGAUGGCGAGUGGCUCACCUUUGGAGUCGGUUUUUGGUUCCAGAGCCGCGCCGAGGGUGGUGGCUGGCUGGUACGUGCGACAGCAAAUGGCUCGUACUCGGAGGUGUUGACGGAAAGCAAGUCAACCCUCACCGCCAACAGCUCGACCAUCAACUCGGGGUUCCCCAGCUUCGCUCACGAUGGCAAGAAGAUCGUGUACCGCGUCUGGGGCACCAACUCCACCCUGGGCGACAAGUCGCAACUAGGUCUCCGACUGCUGGACUUGGAGACCCGAAAGAUUUCCGUCUUGACCACCGAGUGGGAUAACUUGCCAUUCUUCUCGCCCGAUGGCACUCGUAUUGUCUUCACCCGCAAGACGAGCGCAACCAACUACGACGUGUGCACGAUGAACCCUGACGGGACCGAUAUCAAGGUGUUAACCAGUAGCGGUGCGAACGAUGCGCACGCGGUGUGGACUCACGAUGGACGUAUCAUGUACUCUUCUGGGAUGUUUGGCUUCCAGUAUGAGUGUGCGCUGUACGAUCAGACCUUCCAGCCGUAUGGACAAAUUGUUGUCAUGGACGCGGACGGGUCCAAUAAGCAGGCGCUCACCAACUCCCUGUGGGAGGACUCCAUGCCCCUCUAUGUGCCGAAUGCUGCUCUGCAUGACAGCUCCAGAUAA